AUGGCUCCCAUUACCAGGAAAUUCAUCAAAAUCAACUUUGUGAGCGUACCUACCGAGCUUAAAGAAUUAGUCUUAGAGGUCCCCAGAAAUUCUCGAUUCGUUGAAAGACAUGGUUGCCUACUCAGGUUGGUUUCCUCAGAUUUUGAAGAAGAUAUGAUGAGGGUCUUAUUCCAGUUCUUCGAUCCUACGCAUCAUUGCUUCACUUUUCCCGACUAUCAGUUGGUGCCUACCCUGGAGGAAUUUUCUGAGUUGCUUUGCUUACCUAUCCGAGAUCAGGUGCCCUUCACAGGUUUGGAGGAAGUUCCAAAAUCUGAAGUUAUGGCAAGCGCGCUACAUAUAGAGAAAUCAGAAGUAGAGUCUAAUUGGGAAACAAAGAGUGGAGUCAAAGGCUUUCUCGCCAAGUUCCUAUUGAAGAAAGCUCGAUCAUUCCUAAAGGCCAUGAGUUAUCAAGCUUUUGAAGACGUGUUAGCUUUAUUAAUUUACGGGUUAGUACUAUUCCCUAAUCCUGACCAGUUUGUAGAUGUGCAUGCUGUCACGUUAUUUCUAGCUCGCAAUCCGGUACCUACCUUGCUCGGAGAUAUUCUACACUCGCUUUACACCCGUACCGACAAGAAGCGGGGAACUCUCAUGUGCUGCAUACCCUUACUUUCCAGGUGGUUUAUUUCGCACCUUCCCCGAUCGGUAUUGAGGAAUGAACAAAGGAUGCAAUGGUCACAAAGGAUGAUGUCACUAUCUCAUUCGGAUAUUCAUUGGUAUACUCGAUCUGACAAGGAUUUCACUAUUAUUGAUCGUUGUGGGGAAUUCCCUAACGUACCACUCCUUGGUAUCAGAGGAGACGACCCCCAGAAUUAUCGGCGAAGUUUCAUACGUGCGUGGGAAAAAGUAUAUAAGUAUGAUAGCAAGGAGUUAGGCCAGAAAAACUCUAUUCCUUUGGAGCCUUAUCUCAGAUGGGUGCGCAUUCGUGCUCAAAAGUGUAUUAUGCCAUACCCUGCUGUCAGACCUGUGAUUAUCGAGCCUGAAUUUGAGGGAGAUGCUCCUCAGGCUAAGAAAAUGAAUCCUCUCGAACAAUCAGUUAAGGAUCUGCAAGUACAGAACGCUGAGUUUCAAGCCUUGAUCUUGAGUCUGGAUAAAGGGCAGGAAGAGCUGAAGACACUCCUUACUAAGAAGGAGAAGAAGGCAAAGAAGCCUGUGGGUGUUCUCAACAUGGGAAGAAGAUUCCGAGGCCCUCUCAAAAAGGCCAAAGAAGUCGAGAUCCCAGAAGAAACUGAACAAGAGGAAGGUGCUAGUGGCAAGACUGAUCAAACGAGCAACAACGGUUCUGGCAAGCAAGACGAGGAAGAGGAGGAUUACUAUGAGGACGAAGAGUAUCCGGAGGAUAAGUACAGAUAG